AUGGCGCCCGAGUCGAACGAUGAGCGUGAUGAAAGAGUCGCGCGACUCUGGGAAACCUUGGACACGCGAAAGGAGGGCCACGUCGAUCUGUCCGGCUUGAAGAAAGGCCUGAAGAAGAUCGAUCAUCCCUUGAAAAACGCGGAUGACUUGCUGCAUAGUAUCCUAGUCGAGGUCGAUACCAAUCACGAUGGCCAGAUAGACUAUACCGGUAAGAUCAGAAGCUCUCGCGGCCUUGUUGGGACCCCCUUAGUUCCCUUCCCCUCUAACAGAUUCCCUCCAGAGUUCCGAACGUUCAUCAACCAAACCGAGUCCGGGCUGUGGCAGAUGUUCCAGAGCAUCGAUCGUAAUCACAACGGAGAAAUUGACAAAGCUGAGCUGCGGACAGCCUUUGCUCAAUCUGGGGUCACGGUGUCGAAUGCGAGGCUGGACGAGUUUUUCGCCGAGGUCGAUAAAAACAAUGACGGAGUAAUCACCUAUACCGAAUGGAGGGACUUUUUACUCUUCAUGCCCCUUCGAUCGCCGUCGGACCUUCACGCAGUUCUUUCAUAUUACACGGCCACGGGCAACUUAAACCCGGAAGGAGAUGUCCACAUCAAUGACCUGCAGGGUUUAGGUACAGACCUCAAUUUUCUUAAUCGUCUUCCCUUGGCCGUUUCGGCCAUCUUGUACAAUAUCUUCUCACUCCACAUCCUUUCUUCACUUCUUUCUUCCGCACACGCUCAAGCCAGCUCGACAUCCACUACUUUCGGCCAAGGUCUUGACCCGUUAGACAGUGAGCUCGAGUUGGAAAAUCUGGCCAUCCCCAAAAGCGUCGCGAUGUGGAUGUCAAUCCGCAAGUAUGAACGGAAGUUGACCGAGAACACCCCGCAACUAGGCUACUUCAUCGCGGGCGGUACCGCAGGUGUCAUUUCGAGGACAGCAACUGCCCCCCUCGAUCGUCUGAAGGUAUAUCUCAUCGCCCAGACAGGCGUGAAGAAGGCCGCCGUCACCGCCGCAAAGGAGGGGGCCCCUAUCGCCGCCACCGCCAACGCGUCGCGAACACUCGUUAUCGCUUUCCAAGAGCUCUGGCGAGCCGGUGGCCUUCGCAGUUUGUUUGCAGGAAAUGGACUAAACGUGGUCAAGGUCAUGCCAGAGUCGGCGAUCAAGUUCGGUGCAUAUGAGUCGGCAAAGCAGUUCUUUGCCCGACUUGAGGGGCACAACGACCCCAAGCGACUUCUGCCCACAUCUCAGUUCUUGUCGGGUGGUAUCGGUGGAAUGGUGGCCCAAUGCUUCGUUUAUCCCCUCGACACCCUCAAAUUCCGCAUGCAAUGCUCGACCGUUGGAGGCGGUCUGAGAGGUAACAAGUUGAUUGCCGCAACUGCAGCCAAGGUCUGGAACAAUAGUGGACUAUUCGGCUUCUUCCGCGGUCUCCCACUUGGUCUAGUCGGUAUGUUCCCUUAUGCAGCUAUCGACCUCACCACCUUCGAAUACCUCAAACGCGCCCUUUUGGCUCGCCAGGCUCGUCUAAGCCACUGCCAUGAAGACGACAUCAACCUCGGCAACUUUUUGACAGGAGCAAUUGGAGCUCUCAGCGGAGGACUCAGUGCAUCGGUCGUUUAUCCCCUCAACGUCCUUCGUACCCGCCUCCAAGCCCAAGGCACCGUUCUCCACCCGGCUACCUACAACAGCAUUGGCGACGUCCUGCGCAAAACCCUCGCGACCGAGGGCCCCCGCGGUCUAUACAAAGGCCUGACGCCCAACCUCCUCAAGGUUGCCCCUGCUGUCUCCAUAAGCUACGUGGUCUACGAGAACACGAAGCGUAUGCUGGGGCUGAAGUGA